UGACGAAUCAAACCAAUCAGAUACUACAAUAGCAGCUUACUGAUUGGCUGAUCUGCUGGCAAAGGAUUUCUGUAAAUGGGAUAACGCUGAUUAGUGGUUUAGCAUGAUGUAACAUGACUUUGUGUUUGAACAUUCAUUGGUCAUUCAGUUCCUUAGACUGAAGACAGGACAACAGUAUUUAUCAAAACUACUUCAUUUUAGUUCAUUUUAGUUUAGGAAGGAAUCUAUUUGAAAAGGAAAAGACUUUAGAUCAGCUUUAUGCCAGCUGAAAUCUGACAUGGAAAUAACUGGAGUGGAUUACAAAUUGCUGUUUGAAGAUUUAUAUCUAAGACAGACCAAACUUUGGUUGAGACAAUAAUUUGGCUCUAAAUACUGUUGGUGGAGGUCAUCUAACAGUGAAAAAUACAGGUGAACAAAAGAGUAGACAUUUUCUAUCUUUAUAGAUACUAGCACCAAAAGAUGGCUCUUUGGAAAGUGAAGUUUGACUUGAAAAAACGGGUAAAGCUGGCCCAGAUGCUAUGGCUCAUGUAUUGGGUGUCUAUCAUGGCUGGAGUGCUUGUCUUCAGCAUGGGCCUUUUCCUCAAAAUUGAACUGCGGAAGCGAAGUGAGCUUAUGGACAACAAGGAAAGCCACUUUGUGCCCAACCUGCUAAUUGGUGUGGGACUGUUAGCCUGCGGCAUCAGUGCCUUUGGCGGCAAGAUCUGCUAUGACUCAUUGGAUUCCUCCAAGUUUAUGAAGUGGAAGACAAUUAUAAACCCAUACCUUAUCUUAUGUUUGCUCUUCAACGUUAUCCUCUUCUUCACUGCGCUUUUGUGUUUCACCAUGCGGAUCCCUCUACAAUUUACCCUGGCAGAAGGCCUGAAGAAUGGCAUGAAAUACUACAAGGACACAGAUGUACCUGGUCGCUGCUACAUGAAGAGAACUCUGGACCUAAUGCAGAUGGAGUUUCGUUGUUGUGGAAACAACAACUACAAAGACUGGUUUGAGAUCCAGUGGAUUAGCAAUCGCUACUUGGACUUCAGCUCUAAAGAGGUCAAAGACCGAAUCAGCAGCAAUGUUGACGGACAAUAUUUGUUAGAUGGAGUCCCUUUCAGCUGCUGCAAUCCAAGCUCCCCAAGGCCCUGCAUUCACUACCAAGUCACCAACAACUCUGCUCACUACAGUUAUGACCACCAUACUGAAGAACUGAACAUAUGGACACGUGGCUGCAGGGAAGCUCUAGUUUUCUACUAUGGAGGACUGAUGAACACUAUUGGUGUAUUGGUGCUUUUCGUCACUAUUCUUGAGGUUGCUGUGAUGGUGGGACUACAGUAUGUGAACACAUCUCUAUCUACACUGGUCAACCCAGAAGACCCUGAGAGUGAAAGUGAGGGGUGGAUCCUGGAGAAAACAGUCAAGGAAACUUUCACAGACAUCAUAGUCAAAAUUAAGACAAUGGGGAAAGGCAAUCAGGUGGAAGAGGGGGUGGAAGUGCAGGCAGUUUCUACAGUGAGCUGAAUAUGCUAUGCCUAUAGAACAUUGACUACUCCAUUCCUACCAAAGUAGAGACUGCCUACCUGACAUUAUACAGCAUGAAGUCAAGUCAGCUACAUUUUAUGUGGUUUAAUAUAAUUAAUUUGAAGAUAAAUCUACAUACCGAGACCUACAAAAGAAAUAUGAGUCCAAAUCCAAAUGGAAAUUUCUCUCCUUGGUGGGAGCUGUUUUACCUGAAACCAUUUUUUUUCAUGCUUUGCUUCUUUUCAUGCUAUAUAUUUUCAAGACAUCAUUCAUUAUGCUAUAAUCCACUACAAAGUUACACAGUGAUCUUAGUUUUUCUGCUUAUAGUUUGUGGACAGCUGGAUGGCAUUAGCUGGCUUUAAAAUGUAAAACAGAGAGCAUACCUGUAUCAUUUAAUAAUAGCUUUAAAACAGUUACGCACAAAACACUUAUUAAAAACAAAUACUAUAACCCAACUAAGUUUCCAGUAUAUAUGGUUGGUUUGUUGAGAUUUGUUCUCAAUGGAAUAGGAACUCCUGAUAUGUAGAUUGGAAUGUGGUGCACAUGGAGAGCAAAUGAAUUACAUACAUUACUUUAUACUUUGUUUCUCUUUUUUUUUUUUUUUUACAAAAGAAGGCACAUUGCAAAUAAUCCAACUCCUGUGCUGAUCAGAGUAAUGUGUGUAGUAAUGCAUGAGGAAAACAUUCCAUGAAAGUAGCUACACACAGCAUUCUUUGCCUCUACUUUCUGUAGUGAGCAAUACUGGUUUAACAUGCAGAAUGAACAUGCCUCAUUUGCUUAAAAAUACAACUCAGAGAGCAACCAUACAUACAAAUCGAGUAACACUGCAACUACGUUGAUCAUGGAAGUCGAUCAGAUAUCUUUUAAAUAUCUUUUUAAAUGAGAGUGUACCUACUGUAUAUCCUAUUCAGCCACCACUUUGCUGAUUUAACUGGUAAAACACUUCUGUGGUGCUAACACAGUGAAUUAAAAUAUAGAAAUGGUUCAAAUAGGUAUACAUAUUGACAUGAGAUACUUAGUUUUGACACAUAGGUGCAGUAAAUAUCAGUUCUAUUAUUCUCAAAAUACUCCUACAAAAUGCUUUGUGUUAGAGUGUAUCUUAGAAGCUGUGCAGAGAUUAUGCAAGCUCAAACUAUUGAUGCAAGAAAUGGAUUUAGGAAAUGAUCAGGACUGAGUUUCCCAAAAGCAUUGCAAAGUUAAGAUCAUCUUAACUGGGAGAGAGAGAGUGUUCAAUGUGAUGCUUGCUCUACCAUUUAACAAUGAUCUUUGUGUUGUGAUGCUUUUGGGACACUCAGCCCUGAGCAAAUUAUAGGAAUGGAAAGGGAUCAUCCUGCAAGCGGAGUAAUAUGAAACAGGUUCAGAAGGGAAAAGAUAACAUGAAUAGUUCAGCAGGAUGCUUUAGAAGUGGCAGCUAAACUUUAACCUGAGACCUCUGAACUUUCUUUGCUUCACCUGGUUUGUGUCCCCAUGCUUUAAAAUAUGCUUUCAUGCAUUUCUGUGAGUAGUCACAAAAGACUCAAACAUAAAUGUACUCAUAUCUUUGUAAAUAGUUUAGAGUUCUAUGUUUCUUUACUUUUCUAAAUGUACAAGUGAAUAAAUGUAAACAAAUCUUAAUUUAAAUAUGAGGUAGUGUUUAUGUGUAUUACAUUUUGCUGUAAAUAAAAAGUACUGUAGCAAACUCCGAUAAGUGGAUUAAGAGUGUUAUGAUUAUAUUCUUCUGGUUUUAAGACAUAGACACAGUAUAGUAUUCUGGGAACUCUGUAGGAGGUCU